AUGUGCAUGCGGAAGCUCUCUUGGUUGGACGGUGGUUGGAGGAGUAGCUAACUGCAGCCUGAGAGCUGUCAAUGGCCUGCUGUCGUUUUUCUGCUAAAGGAAGCUGCUUGGGCUGACGCGACACUUUGUUUACCUCCAACAAAAAUAUCUGAGGAGACCACAGAACAUGUAGAGUCCACCAGGAUUCAUUUCCUGUUUCUGAGCCGCUUGUCAGCAGAGACCGGGCCCUGCAUCUUCUGCGGUCUGUGACCUGCUACCUCCGACUGCGUGCUCGCUUGCCUGUUUAAUGACGUUGUCAGCCGCCUGGACUCGUGGAACCGGGGACAUGAACGGAUGACAGUCACCGUUUAGUUUUGCAUAACGGUGUGAUGUACGUGUGUGUGGCUGGUGCUAGACAUUAGCGUCGGAACCACUCAGGAGAAUGAAUGCAGAGGAGGUGGAGCUGCUCAGCGACUCCAAGUACAGGAACUAUGUGGCUGCAGUCGACAAAGCCCUCAAGAACUUUGAGUACUCCAGUGAGUGGGCAGACCUCAUCUCUGCUCUGGGAAAGCUCAACAAGGUUCUGCAGAACAAUUCCAAAUACAAUGUGGUUCCUAAGAAGCUGACGAUAGGGAAACGUCUGGCCCAGUGCCUGCACCCUGCUCUGCCAAGUGGGGUCCACCGCAAGGCCUUGGAGACCUAUGAGAUCAUUUUCAAGAUAAUCGGGUCCAAGAGGUUGGCCAAAGACCUAUUUCUUUACAGUGCCGGGCUCUUCCCUUUACUCUCCAAUGCUGCUAUGUCUGUGAAACCUGUGCUGCUGGGCCUCUAUGAGACGUACUACCUGCCUCUGGGGAAGACGCUGAAGCCUGGCCUUCAGGGUCUUCUCACUGGGGUGCUGCCAGGUCUGGAGGAGGGCUCAGAGUAUUAUGACAGAACCAACACUCUUCUGGAGAAAGUGGCAGCAGCAGUGGAGCAGUCGGCCUUCUACAGUGCCUUGUGGGGCAGCAUCCUCACCAGUCCGGCUGUGCGUCUCCCAGGGGUGUCGUUUGUCCUGCUGCACCUGAAUCGCAAACUCUCCAUGGAGGACCAGCUCUAUGUCAUGGGCAGCGACAUUGAACUGAUGGUGGAGGCAGUCAGCACCUCAGUGCAGGACUCCAGUGUGUUGGUGCAGAGAAGCACUCUGGAUCUGAUUCUCUUCUGUUUCCCCUUUCACAUGAGCCAGGCAACCAGGCCUGACAUGAUCCGGAUCCUGUCUGCUGCUUUGCAUGUGGUCUUGAGAAGAGACAUGUCACUCAACCGCAGACUCUACGCCUGGCUGCUGGGCUUUGACAAUAAUGGGGUGGUCACAGGCCCCCGCAGCACUCGACAGAGCAACCCAGAAGAGCACGCGAGCCACUACUUCAACUCCUAUUCUAAAGACAUGCUAGUGCAGGCAAUGGUCGGCAUCUUGCAAGGAAAAGCUCGCGGUGGGGAGGAAGAAAGUGUUCUGAUGCACGACCUGAAGCCAUUCCGCAUCCUGAUCAGUCUUCUAGACAAACCGGAGCUUGGUCCUGUUAUCUUGGAGGACGUGCUGAUUGAAGUGUUUCGUAGUCUGCACACGCAAUGCCGGACUGAAUUGGACCUACCAAACCAGAGUCCAUUCAGCAAAGACCACACACACCUCAGCAGCAAACUCCGAGAGAACAAGAAGACGGCGGAGUUGAUUAAAACAGCGAAUCUCCUCUUCAAUUCCUUUGAGCCCUAUUACAUGUGGGACUACAUUGCUCGCUGGUUCGAGGAGUGCUGCAGGAGAACAGAGAGUGUCAGCAAGCGACAGGAGUCUCCAGCACUGUCGUUGGUGGAGUUCUGUCAGCUGGUAGAUUUCCUCUUGGACAUCGUUUCCUUGCCUACUAGAAGCAUGAGGGUAAUCUGCCAGGAGACCUACAUUGAGAUCCAGACUGAGCAUCUUCCUCAGCUGCUGUUGCGCAUGGUGGCAGCUCUGACUGACCACCUGCAGACACUGGGACUCAGGGAGUUGACUCACUGCCUUCGACUCUGCUCCAAGAUCCUGAGCAAAGUGCAGCCGCCACUGGUGUCCCCUCUGACCCUGCCUCAGGGCCCUCAGCCUCAGGGUGUGUCGCAGAGGGACAAAGACGACAAGCGGACCCUCUCUGCCACUCUGGAACUCCCUGUUAGCGGUGAAGUCUUUGAAGACUCAGAGAACCCUCACAGCAGUCGCUCUUCUGAAAGCGGCUUCACAGACUUUGUCCAGUACCAAGAUGGUGGACCUGAGAACACAGAGCAAACCACUCACACUCAUCCCGCCAUCAAAACAGGCCGGCGUUCAUCAGGACCUUCUCAGGCCAAACCUUUGGACAAGCCAGUCAUGCAGUGCUGCCUGGACCACUUCCAGCUAUUUCUGUCUCGUCUCAUCAGCUUGUAUAUCACCUCUGGUGUGGUGGACAGUUGGGAGAGUCAUAGAGCUGAACCCAUCAGCUCAAGGACUCAGGUUUCAAUGAGCCUUCAGUUUAAUCAAGUGGAGUCCUGCUCCGAAUAUGGACAGAUGCAGAAGGAUCAUGUUGCUGCUUUCACUGCUGCCUGUCAGCUUUUCCUUGAAUGCUCCAGUUUUCCCGUCUAUGUUGCUGAAGGCAACUUAAAGGCUUCACCUUCACAGGAAGAACAGUCAGACGGUGAGAAAGUCCAGCUCCCAACAUGGCUGCGAAGUCUGAUGGGAGCGUGCUGCUUCGCCAGUGAUUUCUGUCUUCAAGGAGUGGCCAUAUCCCUGGUUAUGGACCUGGUGGGUCUCACUCAGUCGGUUGCCCUGGUGGCUGCAGAGACUGUAGCAUCUGCAGGUAACACUGAGUCCACCCAGCCCAUGAGUCCGAGCCAAGGCAGAGUAGCCGUUGUUAUCAGGCCACCUCUCACUCAAGGAAUCCUGAAGUACAUUGCUGACAAGACAGACUUUUUCAAGAGUGUGGCUGUGAUCCUGUGGGACCAGCUGAGUGAAGGGACACCUCAGAACCACCAACGCAGCGUAGAGCUUUUUUACCAGCUGCACAAUCUUGUACCUUCUUCCAGCAUCUGCGAGGAUGUCAUCAGCCAGCAACUGAUGCAUCGGGACAAGAGGAUUCGUCUAGAAGCCCAUGUCAAGUUUUCAGUGUUGUGGCACUUGACACGAGAUUUAAACAUCAACAAGUCUUCGCCUUUUAAUCGCACAUUUGAUCGAUCUCUUUUCAUCAUGCUGGACAGUUUAAGUUACUGGGAUCCUUGCACAAGUUCUGUCGGGAGGGCGUGGCUCAACCAAGUCCUGCAGAGGCACGACAUCGCCCGGGUGCUUGAGCCGCUUCUCUUACUUCUUCUUCACCCUAAAACCCACCGGGUUUCCAUUCAAAAAGUGCAGGCUCAGCGGCACUGGGCCCAGGUCUUCCCUGACCCAACAGAGCAACUCCCAUCGGAAUCCAUGUAUGCCAGAGACUCUGGCUUCUCAGAAAACUUCAUUCAAAUCCCAAGGGAAAAAAUAGCACAAGAAGAGUUUCAAAGUCUUGCAGUUGGGGAUAUGGAGCCCUUCUGUUUGACAGUUAACCCACUGAGUGAUAGUCUGUCACUACUCAGCCUGAGUAGUGAGAACCUUCCACUUGCUGGAGACUUUCAGCCAUCUGUCCAGCAGGAGGAGCCACAGACCUCUGAAUCAACUGGCUCACAAUCAUCUACUGUGGACGACGGCAGCUUUGAGGACCCAGACGGCGUCAGUAGCAUCAUCAAUGGCUCAGACCAACAACCGGGUUCUUCGGAUGAUUUGUCGGACGACUCUGUAGAGGAGGUGGUGGCCUCUGUUGUGAAAGAGCUGAUUGAGAGAGUGCUAAGUUUAGCUGAGGACAGGGCCUUUGAAUCCCCAUUUCCAGCCGAGGUUUGGCCUCAGACAGACACAGACAGCACUUCCUCUGAUACAUCCACUGGUAUUCGCCUGGAUUCUGGUGUUCCUCAAGGAUCAGAACACCAGACUCUGCCAGAGAUGCUGGCUGAGGGCACGCUUGAGUUCCUGGGUGUCGCACCAGCUGACUCCAGUGUUGAGGAGAAGCAGCACAAAGAAGGCAUAACUCGUCACAGCUCAUCACCUUCCAUUGUCACUUUACACGACAGCUCUGAGCCUGCCACACCAGACCACCUACAGGUGGAUGACCCCCAGGCCCGUAAACGUAGCCACAGCAGCACUCAGCUCAGUCUCAAAGGUAAAAUCAUGGAACGGCUGGCCGACAAGUCUCCUGGUGCCAAGCCCAAGAUCAAAAAGUCCAAAAGAAAGGAGGAGGAAAGGCAGAGGAAGGCAGCCAUCCAAGCAGAAAAACUGCGUCCACCUAGCAUCUUCUUUGGUGACAGUCUGGAUCUGGAGAACUGGUACAGCUGCGGGGAGGGAGAAGUAUCUGAGAUAGAAAGUGACACCGGAUCACCAAGUGGAGGUUCAAGUGCCACUGUUGGGGACGCCAGUGUCACAGGUCGCAGGACGUCUUCAGCUGCUCCUCGGUUCAACAUCCACCCCCUCUACCAGCAUGUUCUUCUCUACCUCCAGCUAUACGACUCCUCCCGGGCCCUUCACGCACUAUCUGCCGUCGCCGCCAUGCUGCGAGCCGCACCUUCAGGCUUCGUGAGCGCGAUCUCCACCACCAGCAUCAACAACACCUACACUCCUCAGCUGUCCUUGCUUCAGAACCUCCUAGCCCGUCACAGGGUUUCCGUCAUGGGCAAAGACUUUUACUGUCCCAUUCCUCAAGACUCCCACUCUCACACAUUCCGCAGUGCUAUGUAUCUGGAGAUCAUCAUUUCGCUUUGCCUGUACUUUCUAAGAAGCCACUACUCUGCCCAUGUAGCAGCCGGGCCUCAGGACCUGGCAGGGAACCGAGCCAUGCAGCUGACCAGUGUGGAGGUCUUGACAUUGCUGUUCAGCGAGCUUGCUAAAGUCACAGGUGGCUCAGCAAAAGGCUUUGCCAGCUUCAUCAGUGAUGUGCUGUCCAAGUGCAAGGUUCAGAAGGUGGUACUCCACUGUCUUCUAUCCUCAAUAUUCAGUGCCCAGAAGUGGCAUGACCAGCAAGUCGCUGGUGUAAACGUGGCCACUGUUGAGGAGGGUCUAUCAGAGGACAGUGUUAUUAAUCUGUCAGAGGACCAGAUAGACGGCUGCAGCACAGUACAGUCCCAGUUACUGAGGCUGCUACAGAGUCUCGUGGUCCUGGAACACAGAGUCCUGCUUCCAUCCGAUGAAGGAGGAGAACCAGGGGCUGGUGGAACUCCUGGGGGGCCAGGAAUUGGACCAGGGGCUGGUUUUGAAAUCUUAGGUGGGGAAGUCGAGCAUGUCAACCCUCAACAGCCAAUGAAAUCACUCCAAUACCUCCAUGGCCAGCCCAUCACAGCACAAGGCAUGUUCUUGUGCGCAGUGAUCCGAGCUUUGCAUCAGCACCACGCUUGCAAGAUGCACCCCCAGUGGAUCGGAUUAAUCACUUCCACACUGCCGUACAUGGGGAGGGUUCUGAGAAGAGUCGUUGCCUCCGUCACGCUGCAGCUGUGCAGAAAUUUAGAGAAUCUCCUUCACCAGUUCCGCUAUGAGACCGGGAUCACAGACACCAGACCUCAGUGGAUGGCUCUCUGCAUACCUCCAGACCUCAUCUUGACCGUACUUGAGGGCAUGACCGCUAUCAUCCAUUACUGCCUGCUGGAUCCCACUUCUCAAUACCACCAGUUGCAAGUGAGUGUGGAUCAGAAGCAUCUGGCUGAGGCUCGCUCCGGCAUUCUGUCUAUCCUCCACACCAUCAUGUCCUCCGUCACACUCUUGUGGAGUGUUCUUCACCAGGCCGACAGCUCUGACAAGCCGGCUGCCGCCUCCGCUGCCUUCACCUCAAACAUUAAUCUCGGCUCUACAAAGAACCUACGUCAGCAAAUCCUGGAGUUGCUUGGUCCAAUUUCCAUGAACCAUGGCGCUCACUUCAUGGCAGCCAUUGCUUAUGUUUGGAAUGAGAGGAAGCAGAUGAAGGCUCCAGUCAGAAAUAAGGUCAUUCCACUCGCCAGCGAAGAGCAGCUGCUGCUUGUUGAGCUAGUUCGCUCGGUGAGCGCCAUGCGCACUGAGACAGUUAUGCAGACAGUGAAAGAAGUUCUGAAGCAGCCGCCUGCAAUAGCCAAGGACAAGAAGCACCUGUCCCUGGAAGUCUGCAUGCUGCAGUUUUUUUAUGCAUACGUCCAGAGAAUCCCAGUUUCCAGUUUAGUCGACAGCUGGCCGCCUCUGCUGGCACUCCUGAAGGACUCUGUACAGCUGGGCCUGCCUGCCCCAGGACAGUUCCUGAUCCUUCGAGUUCUGAAUGAGUUCAUUUUGAAGAAUCCCAAUUUGGAGAGCAAAAAGGACCAGAGAGAGCUGCAGGAUGUUACUCACAAAGUGGUAGAGGCUAUCGGGACAAUCGCUGGCUCCUCUCUUGAGCAAACAACAUGGUUGCGGAGGAACUUGGAGGUCAAACCGUCUCCUCAGAUAGUUGUUGAAGGAUCCAACCUAGAAGCUGAUGUGGAAGACUUGAUGCUCACGGUCAUGGAAGCGUCCAGCUUCACACCGUCAGUGUACAGCGUCCAUGCACUCACAUUGCUGGCAGAGGUUCUGGCUCAUUUAUUAGACAUGGUGUUCUACAGUGAUGAGAAGGAGAGGGUUAUUCCUUUGCUUGUCAAUAUCAUGCACUAUGUUGUGCCCUACCUACGCAACCACAGUGCUCACAAUGCACCCAGCUACAGAGCCUGCAUCCAGCUCCUGAGCAGCUUGAGUGGUUACCAGUACACACGCCGUGCCUGGAAAAAGGAGGCCUUCGACCUUUUCAUGGACCACACCUUUUUCCAAAUGGAUUCCUCCUGCGUCAGCCACUGGAGGGCCAUCAUUGACCACCUGAUGACUCAUGACAAGACCACGUUCAGGGACCUCAUGACUCGAGUGGCUGUGGCUCAGAGCAGCUCCCUGAGUUUGUUCACCAACAGGGAUGCUGAGCUGGAGCAGAGAGCCAUGCUUCUCAAACGUUUGGCCUUCACCAUCUACAGCAGCGAAGUAGACCAGUACCAGAAAUACUUGCCUGACAUCCAAGAGCGUUUGGUGGAAAGCCUGCGUCUGCCUCAGGUGCCCAUCCUCCACGCCCAGGUCUUCCUGUUCUUCAGAGUGCUGCUACUGCGCAUGUCGCCUCAACACCUCACCUCCCUGUGGCCCACCAUGAUCACUGAGCUGGUUCAGGUGUUUCUGCUGAUGGAGCAGGAGCUGAUGGCAGAUGAGGACAUGUCAAGGACACUGGGUCCCUCUGUUGCCGGCCUGGAGACCACUUACUCUGGAGGGAACGGCUUUUCAACCUCGUACAACAGCCAGCGCUGGCUGAACCUCUAUCUGUCUGCCUGCAAGCUUCUGGAUCUGGCCUUGGCCCUGCCACCCGAGAGCCUGCCCCAGUUCCAGAUGUACCGCUGGGCUUUUAUCCCUGAGGCUUCAGAUGAUGCAGGGUUGGAGGUGAGACGUCAGGGGACUCACCAGCGUGAGUUUAAACCCUAUGUAGUCCGGCUGGCCAAGCUGCUGAGGAAACGGGCCAAGAAAAAUCCAGAGGAGGACUGCUCCACCAAAACGCUGUCCUGGGAGCCCGGCCACCUGAUGCUGACGCUGUACGUGAUCCGCAGCAUGGAGCAGCUUCUUCCUUUCUUCAACCUGCUCAGCCAAGUGUUCAACAGCAAAUCCAGCAGUCGCUCUGGUACAGCGUACAGCCACAACCCAGCAGAUGCUUCUUUUCCCAGCCACAAGGAGGGUCACAAGCUAGAAAGCCAGAAAGUCUUCUGGAGUCGAGCGCGACAGAACAUCGAAGAAAUGGUGGAAAAAGAUUUUCUAGAGGGACUGAUCAAGACGUGAGGCCACACCGGACAUUAGCUCAUCAACACUCGUGAAAAGACUUGUUUAUGGAAAACAAAGGAUCAUAACUUCUUAAGACUAUUUGUACAUUUUUUGUAUUUAUUAUAAUUUUACUUCUCAAAGACUAUUUAAUUUUAAUCCCUUGUACAUAUGUAGCAGCUUUGAUGACUCAAUUUUACUAUUUCAUGUGAGUCUUUGAGGACCUUGUGAAUUUGAGGUGCCAUUCCAUAUCGAUGUGACUUAAUAAAGAUUUCUAAUUGAAACAUGAUGCUACUUUCUGCAAACAUUUUUUUCAUGUUAUGGAUAGAUGUUUUCUUUCUAUAAUCGUUCUACGGCAUUUAUUUUUUUAUCUAUUACU